GGGGUGCGGGGCCGAGGGGCAGGCGCUGACAGCUGCUUUGCCCGCACCCACAGUCCCCUCCCCCGGUGCCGCCGUGGGGUGGGACUCCCCGGCGGGCCGCGGUCUCCCGUCCCGCUCCCCACCCCCCCGCCGCUGCCCGGCGCCGGGGGUCGGUGCUGGGGCGGGCGCGCCGGGGGUGGGCGGGCUCCUUCGCCCGACGGCGCGUCCCGGACGCUGCCCCGCAGCCGGCGGGUGGSCAGGGGAACCCCCGGGACGAUGCCGCGGCUCGGCUGGGGCUGGCCGGCGGCUCCGCGGCUCUCCCCGGCCUCCGCCGCCGUCCUGCUGGGCGUCCUGUGCCUGCCCGGGGCGCCGGCCUCCUCCCUGCUCACAGGAUCGGUUGCAAAAUGUGAAAAUGAAGGGGAAAUUCUGCAGAUACCUUUUAUCACAGACAACCCUUGUAUAGUGUGUAUUUGCCUGAAUAAGGAAGUGACCUGCAAAAGGGAGAAGUGUCCGGUGCUCUCCAAGGACUGUGCUCUCGUCAUUAAGCAAAGAGGAGCUUGCUGUGAGCGUUGCAAAGAUUGCAGUUUUGGAGGAAAUACGUACAACAGCUCCAUGAAAUGGCACCUCCCCAGCAAUCCCUGUGUUACRUACCAGUGCCAGGAAGGAGUGAUAGUAGAAUCAGAAGUACAGUGUGUUGUUCAUUGCAARAACCCUUCCAGACUCAGGGGAAUGUGUUGUCCUGUGUGCCCAGGUUGUGUAUUUGAAGGGAGACUUUACAAUGAAGGAGAAGAAUUUAGGCCUGAAGGAAAUAAAUGUACGAAGUGCUCUUGUAUUGGUGGCAGGACACAGUGUAUCCAAGAAGUGUGCCCCAUUCUCUCAUGUCCUCAGCACCUCAGUCACAUCCCUGCUGGAGAGUGUUGCCCCAAAUGCUUAGGACAGAGGAAAGUGUUUGACCUCCCAUUUGGAAGCUGCCUCUUUCACAGCAACGUGUAUGAUAAUGGUUCCUCAUUUAUGUAUGACAACUGCACAAUGUGUACAUGCAAGGAUUCAACAGUAAUAUGUAAGAAGAGGUGCUUACUUCCUGGUGAAUGCAAUAAAAACAAAGACCACUGCUGCAAGGAGUGUGUCUCAUAUAUCUCACCUGAGGAGGUGAAAGUGUGCAAGUUCGGCAAUAAGAUCUUCCAGGAUGGAGAGAUGUGGUCCUCUGUGAACUGCACCAUCUGUGCUUGUGUGAAAGGCAAGACGGAGUGUCGCAAGAAACAGUGCAUUCCAGUCAGCAGCUGUCCUCAUGGUAAAAUCCUGAACAGAAAAGGAUGCUGUCCGAUUUGCACUGAAAAGCCUGGAGUUUGCACUGUAUUUGGAGAUCCUCACUACAACACUUUUGAUGGACGGACAUUUAACUUUCAGGGAACAUGUCAGUACGUUUUGACAAAAGACUGCUCCUCCUCUGCCUCGCCCUUUCAGGUGCUGGUAAAAAACGAUGCCCGUCGGACCCGUUCUUUCUCCUGGACAAAGUCAGUGGACAUUGUGUUGGGCAGAAGCACAAUCAGCCUCCAGCAGCACCUCACAGUGAAGUGGAAUGGGACCCGAAUUUCACUACCUUGCGAGACACCACAAUUUCAGAUCGAUUUGGAUGGUUAUUUGCUGAAAGUGACAACCAAAGCGGGCUUGGAAAUCUCAUGGGAUGGAGACAGUUUUGUGGAAGUCAUGGCUGCACCGCAUCUGAAAGGCAAACUCUGUGGUCUGUGUGGCAAUUACAAUGGGCACAAGCGAGAUGACCUGAUUGGGGGGGAUGGAAAUUUUAAAUUUGAUGUCGACGACUUUGCUGAAUCCUGGCGUGUGGAGUCCAAUGAGUUCUGCAGCCGCCCGCAGAGAAAACCUGUGCCUGAGCUCUGUCAUGGGACAGUGAGGGUGAAACUCCGAGCUCACCGGGAAUGCCAGAAACUCAAAGCAUGGGAGUUCCAGAACUGUCAUUCAACAGUGGAUUAUACCACAUUUUACCGGUCCUGUGUGACAGACAUGUGUGAGUGUCCAGUCCAUAAAAACUGCUACUGUGAAUCAUUCCUGGCAUACACCCGAGCCUGUCAGAGGGAAGGGCUGAAAGUCCACUGGGUGCCAGAGCAGAACUGUGCAGCAACCCARUGUAAACACGGCGCAGUUUAUGAUACCUGUGGUCCGGGAUGUGUCAAAACAUGUGACAACUGGAAUGAAAUUGGACCAUGCAACAAGCCCUGUGUUGCAGGCUGCCACUGCCCAGCAAAUUUAGUUCUUCACAGAGGAAGGUGCAUCAAGCCAGUCCUGUGCCCACAGCGGUGACGUUCGUUCUUUUUCCGUGGACUUUAACGCGGGUGGUCACUGACCCCUUCGAUGCUCACAGCCAGUGAAGGACUCCAGCUGUUUGUGUGCAGAUUCUGCAAAGUACACAMCUACUCACAGAGUGUAAAUAUGCUCCUGUGUGUGUGUUUGUGUGUCUCUAAGGACACGCACAUGGCACCUAGAAAGAUAUAAAAAUGUAUACAGUGUGUAUGUGGACACACGUGUCCAUACACAAGUGCCCUAAACGUAAGUACAACCCRUAUAUUUAUAUAUAUGUCCACACACAAAUAGACAUAAUUUCUAUAUACUACAAAAGGAUGAAUUAUAAUAUGUAUAUUUUUUGCUAUAAAGUUUAUGUAUUAUUAUUUCUAGGACYCUGAUCUGUAAGUCAUUGUAUAAAUAAACCAGGUGUUUUUAAUAUAAUAUAGUGGCAUGAAAAGAUUGGAUGACUUUGCCAUUGCAUAAGUCUGUUGUUUCCAAGGAAACUUUUCUAGGGCCAUAGCACUGCCAGACUGGAUUACUUUCAACACAGAACCUGGAUUUACAGUUGUACAGGAAACACAUUUCUCUGGAGAUGGAGGAUUUAUCUAGGAAUAUUUCAUGCGUACCUUAGAGCUGCAUAGUGAUUGGUGACAGUGCUUAAUCAGGCAGAGAAAGCUGGGGAUUGGCUUUUAUGCUUUACUGAAAUAACUGUGCAAAAUUAUUUCCAAACCUGGUUGGACAAAAGCCAGGAUAGAGAUAUUUCUUUCUGGAACGACACCAAAGAAUCAGGGGCCAGAUUUUCAGAAGUGUUCGGCACCCAACAGCUCACUUUGAAAAUCUGACCACUUCCCAUUUCAUAUCCUAAUGCCCCACCUCUGUUGUUGUGUUUGGCAGUAGCCGUGAAUACACAAUGAGGAGAUUGAAGAAAAUAUUCAUGUACAUAUUAGCCCCUUAAACAUAUUUGAAACGCCUAGGUUUGUUUCAUGUCUCCCCCAAAUAUUAUGCAGAAAGCAAGUCCCACGCUGAAGCGUUUGAUUUCAGUGUUCCUUAAAAUAUAAAAUAAUUCCAGGCUUAGUAACUCAUUUAAUUUAUCAGCAUGGUUUAGAAGAAAGACAAAUUCACCCCACCAGAAAACAGUAGAGAAUGUCAAAUGCUAAUUGGAGAGCUGCAAUUUAUUUCCUUAGUGGUCUUUUGGUUGAGAUUUAUGAACAUGUGGGCUCUGUGAAGUUUGCAUGACUUUUGAAGUCUCCCAGGGGAGAAGCAAUAAUAUGGGAUUUCAUUAGAAACUGUUAAAAAAGCCAUACAACUUUCUCAGGCCUGAAGGGACAGGGAACUAUUUUUCUUUACUGGAGAGCCCCUUUUAGAGCCUGAUGGAGCAGUCUCUGGAGAUGAUAGAAAUCUUUGUGCAUCUGAUUUAGGUUUAUAAUGAAGUAAUAUCCUCCCACACAGCUACUUCCAUCAUGUCUUGCAUUGAAAUUGCACMUUGUAAUGCUUUGAACAAUUUCUCUAAUUCUUUUCUCUCCAGGAAGUUAAGCAGGGCCUGAGUUUACAGUAAGUGAGUGGGUAAAYACACUUGGGUUAUACAACCUUUCUGUGAUCCCGCCCUGGAGGAAKAUGCUGAGUGAACCUGGUUAACUUAGGCACCACACUAUCCAAAAUGCUGUACCACCACAGUGUUAAAAAGAGAUGGGCAUAUAAUGCUAACAGUGUUCCAUGGAUGUUCAUCCAAAUCUUAAAUAAACUCAGCUUGAUCUUUU